AUGAUUACCUAUACGAUAAGUAGAUAUAAUAAUAAAAAUUAUAUGCACGCUGUGUACCGCGGUGGAUACCAUGGAGUUCUAAGUUUGAUGGCGUCGAGAUUAUUUUCACCCAUCAUGCACAUUUGGAUAAUCUCUUCACUUGUUCUAAUGACUGCAUGGAAGCUUGAUAAUGGGUACACUAACGAAGGGUUAAUUUUCGCUCCAGUCUACAUCUUUGCCACAAUAGCAGAAGUGGCAGCUAAAAUCCUCAAUCCAUCCGACGAGAAGGUAGGGUACAUAACCGCAAGUCUCAGCCAUCUUGUGGGAGGUUAUGCCAUCUAUAUAAUGGGCUUUCAUUGUGGAAGGAUUCCUCUUCUAAUUGGUGUUCUAUGCGCUAUAAUUGUCAUGAGACUCUUUUCAUAUUCUUUUGAUUUCUCUGUUUGAAAUUG